AUGAACGUGGCCUGCAACAAGCACCGCAGGGAUGUUGAGGUCGCAUUUGACAUGCCAGACGAACAGUUUGGGCGUUCUUUCCGCCUGAGUGAAGCAACGGUGUUGCGAUUGCGGUCGAACUCGCCGAUAGACUCCAGGCUGCGCUCUCUGGGUGGAGCGGCAAAAGUGUGCUUCCUACGUUUCUUCGCCACCGGAUCCUUCCAGUCGUCGGUGAAAGGUGAGGAGACCGUAGCGGUGAUGCAGCCCACGGUCAGCAUCUGUGUGCGACGUGUGUCUCGAGAAAUCGUCAACGCCAUGACCCGCAACAAUCGGGUUCACUUCCGCAGAACGGUAGAGGAAGAGGCAACCGUGAAGGAGGAAUUCCUUCGGUUUGGACCCGUACCCGGCGUGAUCGAAUGCGUUGACGGCAGAUUCGUCGCAUCGAGGAGUGACAAAAGGUGA